AGUUGUAAACAAAGCUGACAGCUAUUUGGUUAGCUGCUACUAUAUUCGAAUGGAUGCUGAGCCAGUCGUCUAAAACAGACUGGAUAUUUACCGAUAUUGUGCAUUUAUCAAUAAUACAGCUAACCACUUUGUUUUAAAUAUAUUUAGUUUCCAGUGUUUAUGUAUUUUCUCGCGUUGCUAAACAACCUGACGUUAGCUGCCUUCCGUUUUUCUCGUUAGGAAAAGGCUAACGUUUGCACAAGGACGUCAGUGCUAGGUUAAAGCCUUCGAACGUAACGUCAAAUUGAGUAUACAUAUCCCGAACUAAUAGUGAGUAACAGCACUCCUCGAUUCUUGUUUUUCUGCUGCAUUUGCUUUCUGGGGGACAGAAAGAGCGAGAGAGUUCGUCCAUUUUGGCAGGACAACAAUGUCUACAUCCAACGCUAAUUUCAAAAACAAGUGUGUGAGCCAGGUGAACUGCAUAUUCUGUGAAAGUCUGCUCUGCACAAGAGGCAUGAAAGCUGUGCUUCUUGCAGACACUGAGGUUGAGCUUUUUUCGACUGAUAUUCCUCCCAAUAGAACUGUUGAUUUUGUGGCCAGCUGCUACUCUACUGAAAGCUGCAAAUGCAAACUGAGAGACAUCGCAUGUCUCAAGUGUGGUAAUGUUGUGGGAUAUCAUGUUGUUGCUCCCUGUAAACCCUGCCUGCUCUCCUGUAACAACGGCCAUUUCUGGAUGUUCAACAGUGAUGCUGUAUCUACUCUCAACAGACUGGAUGCAACAGGUCUAAAUCUGCUCCUGUGGGGAGACCUUCCUGAACUGGAUGACAGUGAGAAUGAAGAAUCAGAAAGCCCAUCAGAGGAGGAGUGUAUUAGGUAGGGAGGGAAAUGGACAAUGUGAGACACAUGGUACGCCAACGUUUGAGGUGGCGCUAAGGGUGGACAAACCGUGCUUCAUAUAAGAGAGAAAAUACAUGUUUCAAAGGGUUAUUUAAUAUCUAAUGAAAUCAGACAGAAAAGAGCCGUUGAAGUGCUUUGAAUUCAUUAAAGACUCAAACCAAGGUGCACAAUUGGCCACACCCCAAUCAGUGAUGUCACAGCAGGUGUUUUGCCUUUGACAGCUGAUGGAAAAAACACCUGCUGUGACAUCACUGAUUUGGAUUUGGACAGAAACACAACUUGUUCCAAACAGCACAAGUUUUUGGCCCAGUGUAAUUUACUGUUGAAUUUCACUUUACCAUUCCUUUCCUGAUCCCUUUACACUGUUAAAAGCACACAAUGUCACACAAGCUCUUUACUCCCUUUCCUCUUCUCUGAACAUCUGCAUGGGCUACUAUCACACAUGUGGCUGAAGUAUAAAAUGACAGACACUAGAUUUCUUAAUCUAGUGCAUUCUACUUUUCAUCUCAGUCUCCCCUGAGCUCAUGAUUUUGAUCGAACUCAUCAGAUGUUUGGGGUGUACUUUGAUAGGGCAUUGGAACUUUUUAGCAAAUGCUGUGCUUUUUGCUUUCUGAUGACGAAACCACUAUUCGCCUACCUUCAGUUUAAUGGCAGUUAUAAUCUGUACAUUGAAUAUGCUGUGAUACGCAAAAACUCCCAUAAGAGUUAUGUCUUAAGGCUUGUAUUCUCUUCGUGUGGCUGGGUGCUGUCUGAAAGCUGGGGUGCUUUCGGAAUCCUCGAUAUUGGAGAAAUAGCACAAUGAUUGAAUGAUACAUGUACAGAAUACACACAUAUAUAUAUAUAUUGAGUUUAGGUUACCUCACGAUCUGACGUUCUAUCAGUGAUACAUUUUGAUAUGCUAAUACAGUGUUUGUAACACAAUUGACAGCAGCAGUGUGAGUCUGACUGUAGCAGUAUCCAAUACUAACAUACUAACUUAUGCAGAGGAUGAGCUUCCACAUAGACCUGGAGCCGCUGGAUUUUAAAGUUUAUUUUGGUAAGAGGUCAAAAAACACGCUCCUAAAUAAAUGAUAUAAACUGGAAUGGGAGCUGACGAAGGUGCAAGACUCCAUAAGUAUCCAUGUGGAUCAUAAGCAAAAUGACAACAUGAGUUCUGAAUGGAUUUCAGUGUCUUUUGUGACAUUACAGUUCAGUUUCAUGUAGCAGAAUAGUUGUAGCACCUGAGAAAAAGAAAAGUAAACUCCAAAGAAUCAUGGAACAUUUCAUAUCAAGCCGACAGACUGCUUCCCCUUUAAAUAAUAGUUGAAUGUCAUUUUUGGCCAGCUUGUUGAAUUGCAUUUCAAAAUUUUAAGAGAUCUGUUGUGAAGUUAACCCUAUAUAUUGUAUUGGCCUUACUGAUGCUGUGAUUGCUGUUACUGAACCUUUGUUAAUCUGUGAACUCGAGGUUGAUGCUGUAUGUUAGUCCUUUGUCACCAGCUCAGUCUGUUGUGAAAGACACAAGCUUCAACAUCCCACAGUCACAAGGGACUUUACUCAAAUCAGUCCUUUUUUGGCAGUGCCAUCCUUCUGCUCUUGUUAUUGUUUCACUGCUGUGCCCUGCUGAUACUCUGAUGCUGUCUUAAAGUAACAGUCCUCCUGUGAGUGAAUAGGAUUUGCCUGCAAUGCGGGCAAACAUAUAAUUAUACUUCUUACCUGAAGGAAAUGGAUAUAGGUAAUUUUUUAACUGUAAUUGGCCUCUGUGUUUAUCUAUGCUAUUUAGCUGUGGAAAAAUACAGAGAAAUGUUGUCCAGAUUUUCACAUCCUUCACUUUAAAGUAACUGACCGUCUGAUACACUUGCACACCAAAUACUGUUUAUGUGGUAAACUGAUAGGAUACAGUUAAUCAGCUCCAUAUUUAUUAAAUCAACAAACCAAAUAUCUAUAACCACAUACUUCCUUUUUUUGUUUACAAUCUUUGUUUACAAAUGCCUUGGUACAGUACUUAUGUUUCGGUUCAGGUAUUUGUUUUUUCAUUUGUGAUGUAUUGCUUUGUUUUGUAUGUUUUUUUAAAGGUUAGAUGUGUACAGUUUUACCUCAAGAAGGUAUCACUUGCGAGCUUCCUCUGGCUAGGACAAUUGUCAUGAUAAUCAUUAAAAACAUUAUUUAAAUUGCUGUUACUGACGUGAAUACAUUUUAUUAACAUGCCCUGCUGAGAAAUGUAUAUUUUGGAAUUGCACUGAAACUGCAUUGGUAGUUUAACAUGAUUUGUUGUUUUGUAUGCUUGUUAAAUUAAUAAACUUUUUUUUUCAAAAUAUCUUAAA